AUCGAAGAAAAGAACAAUAAGCUAAGAAAAUUUAUAAUAAUUAUAAUGUGUUGAAACCUCAAAACGUAUGCACGGUGGAACCGAUGAAAUUUACCAAACUGCUCAAACUGUAAACGUUUUGUAAUGUAGCUAACGGGGAUUUAUUGGCAUUUUAAAACAGGAAAAAACUAAACGCCUAUUUGUUGAUGUUAUAACUGUAGGUAAAACUACAAAGUUAGCCAGCGGAACAAAAGUGCUAUUGUGUAAAAUUAAACGAUGCAACUUAAAUACUGAAGAGAGAUGUAAUAGUAGAUAUAACGCUAUAUAAUUCGACGUGGAAUUAGGCACAGAUGUUUUAAUGGAUAUUUCUGCCAAGGAGAAACAAGGCUAAACGACGUCGAGUCGUGUUUCGUGCGGGUCGUAACAAGAAUAUGCAAACUAAAUUUUAGGCUAAUGGUAGUCGUUCAUUUGAAAUUUAUAUUUACAGUAUAAAUUAUUUUCACACUGGGAACAUAAAAUCGAGUAAAUAAUAAUUUCCGUUAGAUUCGAACGCACCCCAUCGGAUUUUAAAAAUUUUGUGAUCGUUCUUGUUAAAAUCCUACCUCCGAAAUACGUAUACCUUUAUAAAAAUAAGGUUUCCUAACACUACGCGGUCUGUUCUCACCUUCCCGUGAUGCCCCGCACCCUCUGGACCACACACAGUAGGUCAGGUAGUGUAGGAAGAGGGUGGAGCUGGUGAGACUUCCGUUAGUCGAGGUGACCACCCACGUGCCAGACAGGAAAUGACGCAGGCCACCACGUGCUCAGUCGGCUUGUACGUCAGUUCAGUUGGCAGAAUGACUACGUGAAGCGAGGACGCAUUGCCAGUCCCAGCAUGAAGCAAGGCGAUGGGAACUGCUGUGUGGAGCUAGGCCGGGUGACAUGGAUGAGGCCGUUGCAGCCUUUGUAUAGGCUCCCAGAUGUGGAAUUGGUCACGACGACAUCGCCUAGUUUUUUUGGAAGGAUGGUUUAUGCAUUAACUCACACUUACCUCAGUGACGAACGAAAUCGAGAAUAUUACGCCGACCGUUACACAUGUUUUCCUCCUCCCCUAUUUGUCAUCGUCGUAACUCUGAUCGAGUUAGGUGUCUUCACUUAUUACUCAGUAACCAUGGGUGAGAUUACGACGACCAGCACAGUCCCGAUCGAUAGUUUUUUUAUUUAUCGUCCGGAUAAAAGGACUGAAAUUUGGAGGUUUGUCUUCUACAUGGUUCUCCACAGUGGGUGGCUUCAUUUAUUAUUUAAUUUACUCGUUCAAGUACUAGUAGGAAUACCGCUAGAAAUGGUGCACGGAUCCAUCAGAAUAGGAACGGUUUAUAUGGCUGGUGUAGUUGCAGGUUCACUUGGUACCUCAGUCUUUGAUACAGAUGUUUUUCUUGUUGGUGCAUCUGGUGGAGUUUAUGCUCUCUUAGCAGCUCAUUUAGCAAAUGUAUUAUUGAAUUAUAAUCAAAUGGAGUUUGGAAUAAUAAGAGUGAUAGGAGUUAUAAUUAUUGCUAGUGCUGAUGUUGGUGUUGCUAUUUAUGAUCGGUAUGCUGGCAAUCAAGAAGGCACUCCAGUUUCGUACGUGGCUCAUCUUACUGGUGCAUUUGCUGGAUUGACAAUUGGAUUGUUAGUGUUGAAAAACUUUGAUCAGAAGUUUUAUGAACAAUUAUUAUGGUGGGCAGCAUUAGGUGUCUAUGCAGCAUGCACUCUUUUUGCUAUACUUUUCAAUAUUUUCAAUUACUAAUGAUUAUCAUCAGUAUUGAGAUAUUGAAAUAUUUCCAUUGUACAGUUUGUGUGGUGUGAAUUUUUUACGAACAAUGCAAGCACAUUUGCAGUGUACAAAGCAAAUUAUAUAUAUGUAGCUUAGAUUUAUUUAUUGAAAAAUUUAGAUAAAAGUCAGGUCAUGAUACCUGUAUUUGUACUCAGGUGUUUAUAUGUAGUCCAGGAUCACAAAUGUGACCCUAUUGCACUGUUAAUCUCAGGUCAUUACAUGGCAUAUUGUAUAUUGUCUAAUGUAUAUUGCCAGUAUAAGUGCUCUCUAACUAAGUCACCAUUUUGUUUUUGCAAUACACGUGAUAUUACCAAAUUUGAAUACUUGUAUUUUAUACAUUUAACAGAUUUGAAUUGGUGGUGGAGAAAGACGAGUAAAUGACCUUUUUUUUGUAACUUUAUUUUUUACAUGUUGUCUCUAGGAGAAUAUAAAUUGAUGUGUACACCUCUAAGAGGUAUUUUUUUGUGAAAAAUUUAUAGAAAUAAAUGUCCUGACAUUUUGUACAUACAUAAACG